AUGACCAAGAUACACCGUUGCAAGAGAGGCUAUAAUAGUGAGAAAAAUACGCUCUCUUGGCUCGUGACGCUAUACUCGUUGUGGCAGAUGGUGGAGAUGCACGAGCUGGUGCCCGGGAAGCGCUUUGACCGUUACCACGAGCUCGGACAGCACGCUUUCGGCCACAAGCUCGGUCUUUGGAUUGUCGUCCCCGUGCAGCUCGUCGUUCUCGCCGGACUCAACAUAGUUUACCUCAUCACCGGCGGCAUAUCGCUCCAAAAGUUUCAUAAUCUAGUCUGUGAAAAUUGCAAAGAAAUAAGGCUCACUUAUUUCAUCCUCAUUUUCUCCUCCGUCCACUUCGUCCUCUCCCAACUCCCCACUUUCAACUCCAUCUCCGGCGUCUCCCUCGCCGCUGCCGUCAUGUCAAUAAGUUAUUCUACGGUGGCUUGGGCGGCUUCGAUUGAGAAAGGUGUUCGAACGGGAGUGGAAUACGGUUAUAAGUCGACAACGAAGGCUGGAACCGUGUUCAACUUCUUCAACGCGCUGGGGAGCAUGGCGUUCGCUUAUGGCGGCCACAACGUGGUGAUGGAGAUUCAAGCGACUAUGCCUUCCACUCCACACAGGCCUUCCAAGAAGCCUAUGUGGAAGGGAGUAAUCGUUGCUUACGUCAUCGUCGCCUUCUGCUACUUUCCUGUUGCUAUAGUUGGAUACUGGGCUUUUGGUAAUGAAGUAAACGAAAACAUUCUCAUAACUUUGAAAGAACCUAGAUGGCUCAUCGCCAUGGCUAACAUGUUUGUCGUGGUUCAUCUAGUUGGCAGCUAUCAGGUUUUCAUACAUCGCUACUCCGCCUUACUUUCUUCAUGCUGCCAACAUUUUCAUUUUAGGCUCAGAUUGUAG